AUGGGAACGCGCACAAUCAAUAUCUCAGAAGAUCCUGGCGUUCCUCCUCCUGACUACCACCUCCCUCCACCCUUCAAAGGCCCUUACCACCUCAACAUUCAUGAGGUGGGAUGUCAGAGCCAGCGCAGUGAAGUACCUCUGCCACCCCGGGCACUGUUGCUGUUGCACGUGGGGCUGCCAGCACCCGCCAGGCGGCUCAGCUCCUCCUGCUCCUUGGAGAACAUCCUGUGGUGCAGCAGCGCCUUCCACAGGGUCCCCACUCUUACCGUGCAGUGGUGGGUUGGAGGUGUCCCUGUGGGUGUGAACGCCGUAGACGGCAGCCUCCAGGUGACUUCUGCCAUACCUGGCCCCUGGGCCAACAGCACCAUCAGCCUGGCCAAGGAGCCAGCGUCAGGACCGAGCCUGCUCUGUGAGGGCAAGAACCAAAACGGCCAUGCUUUGAGCAUCCUACUGAUGUCAGGAAGGAGCCCUCUGACUGCUGAGACCUUCCUGAGAGGGCUGCUCCAGGGUGCUAUCUAUGGAUCCACCCCCACCACGCUGCUCUUCUGUCCCUCCUCCCCUUCAUGUGUGUCUACGUGCAUUUUUCUGCUACUAAUGAAGCCGGCAAAGAAAAUCACAGUCACUGAAGCACAAAAGAGCCUUCAAGUCAGACCAGGCCAAGGAUCUAAGAUGCCACUGAAGCCCGAGGAACCAGGACCAUAA